AGCUUGAGUAAGAGCUUAAAGCUGCAGUUGGGAGGCCACCUAUUGCGUCCCAACUAUCGCAGAGACCCCAAAAUGCCUUCCCCAUUCCUGACCCCGGGUUCCCAGUCCAAACUCGACCAACUCGCACUGCUCCAUCUGCGGCGCGACCAGACAAUCCCAACUGUCCUCCAACUCCAUGACGAAGGGAACCUAGGAUACGAGGAGGGCAACGUCACCAACACCCGCUUCGGCUCAUUCCCACAUAGUACGCUCUUCGAUAAGCCAUGGGGAUCACAAAUCAUCGCAUCCAAAGUCGACACUGGUUCGCGCGGGCGUGCCCUCAACUCGCGCCAGCUGAAGCGAAAAGCCAAGGAGCUUGACUCCCCGGCCCCAGGCGACAACGACAACGACGACGACGACAACAUGCCAACUCCCAAGAAGGCUGUCGCAGCAGCCAGCGGCUUCCUCCAUAUCCUCUACCCAACCCCCGAGCUUUGGACCGCCUCUCUCCCCCACCGUACGCAAGUCGUCUACACCCCCGACUACAGCUACAUCCUGCAUCGCCUCGGCGUCCGCCCCGGGUCAACGCUCAUCGAAGCCGGCGCAGGAAGCGGCUCAUUCACACACGCGGCCGCCCGUGCAGUCUUCAACGGCUCCGCCGAGAGCCCCGACAAUGACACCCUCCCCAGCACCCCCAAGCGGCGCCGCCGCGUCGGCAAGGUAUGCAGCUUCGAGUUCCACGCCCAACGGGUCGGCAAAAUCCGCGACGAAAUCCACCAGCACGGCCUGGACGGCCUGGUACAAGUCACCCACCGCGACGUCUACCAGGACGGAUUCCUCCUGGGCAACCCGGCCGAAACAGAAACCCAAACGUCGCCCAAAGCCAACGCGGUGUUCCUGGACCUUCCAGCCCCCUGGCUCGCGCUGAAACACCUCGUGCGCAACCCGGAAACCGGCAGAGAAUCCCCGCUCGACCCCUCGCUACCAGUCCACCUCUGCACCUUCUCGCCCUGCAUCGAGCAAGUGCAGCGCACCAUCAGCGCCCUGCGCCAACUGUCGUGGCUCUCCAUCUCCAUGGUCGAAGUGCAGCACCGCCGGAUCGAAGUGAAACGCGAGAAAACUGGCCUGGAAUUCGAGGGCGUGCGCGGCGCGGCGGUAUUCCCUCGCACGGUGGAAGACUCGGUCGCCAAAAUGCGCGUCGUCGAAGAACGCUCCAAGCGGUUCCGCGAAUCCCUAGACCAAGACCCGCAAAGCGAGGGCGAAAGCACCCCGCUCAUGCCGCAUACCAAGAGCAAGCCCGACGACGAGGAAAUGGACAUCUCGACCUUCGUCACCUCCACGCCCUCGGAUGUGCCGUCUUACGCGCAGGGCCGGCUUGUGCACCGCUCCGAGUCGGAUCUCAAAACCCACACGUCGUAUCUGGUUUUCGCCGUGCUGCCGCGCGAAUGGUCGGAAGACCAGGAGCAGAAGUGCCGUGAGCGAUGGCCCUCGCAUAUGGUGGAUGAGGCCACCUUGCCCAAGGGGAAGAGCAAGAAGCAGCUGAAGCGGGAGGCGAAGGAGCCGCGGCCUCAGGACGCGGGAGAGAAAAAAAAAGCAGGAAGAAUCGAAUGCCCCCGAGCAGACUCGGGAGUGAUUUAAAAGCAAAUAUAAUAGAGAGAGCGGUACAGAUAUAUAUAUAUCUAUCUAUCUAUCUAUCUAUCUAUAUGUAUGUAUGUAUGUAUGUAUGUAAAUUGAUUCAUUGGACAAUGAUCAGUUGGAAUCAAUAUGUGUACUA